AUGACUUUCCUCGAGACCUGGGGAACUCAUGUCGUCACCGAGGUGGAUCUAGGAACCAGGGAGGGUUCGAACUAUGAGGAGCAUAGGGCGGACUUCGUCUCGUACGCUUCAACAAAUGUCGGUGGUAGUGUCAGCGCUGGAGGGUCAUAUAUGGGCUUCAGCGCCUCGCUUUCGGUUGAUAUGGAUUCCUUCAACAGCGGAAUGCAGAGUGGCUCCAGUUUCGGUAGCAUGUACUCCUCCUAUAGGGUUGGAAGCCUUAGUCUGAAUGAGCCAAUCAGCUUGAAACUCGUCGACAUGCAUGAGCUAUUUGGUGAGGAUUACUGGACCCAGAUGCAGGCUUACAUCGAUUCUGGGCACUGCUCGGCAUCAUGGAAUAGGACGGCGGCUGCGGAGAAUGUAUUGACGGCUUUGAAGAGCUAUCGGAAUUGGAAGAAGAUACACGACAGCACGAACCCGGAUGUGACGAUUCCCCUGACCUGGCCCGAUGGCAUGUACGGACUAACCCGACCCAAAGAUGGUUGUCCCAACAAGGAGUUCACCUGGAACGAGGGAUCUAGAUACCAGGAUACAGAGGAUGAUAAUGGUGGCACCAACUCAUGGAGUGAUCCUAUUCACAUGACAGGGCAAGACUCCAGUGGCAUGACGCAGAACUUUUGUAUCAAAACCGUCACGAACGUUAAUGAGAAAUCGAAGUGGACCUGGCAGCCCGGAAGCUACUGCAUCUACAAGUACGGUGGCAGUUGCCCUGCAGCCUUCACCGAAGGUUGGAUUUACUGGGAUGAUGAGGAUACCAACAACCAGAACUCGAAAAGCGGGACCUUGCCGUCUGGAAGCUACGGCUACAAAGAUAACACCGAAUCCUGC